AAGAAGAGACCAAGAUUAGUACCACUUGUACUGUACACUCCUCGUUCCGCGUGCGAAGCGAACCCUGUUCCAUGUUCUUGAAUCUCUCUGAGCCCAGUCCUUGUAGCUAGCAGAUCAGAUCGCUCAGGCGGAAAGAUCGAGAGAAGGUCGCCCCAGGAUCGAGAUCUAGAGCGAGAAAGGUUUAAGAGGGAAAGGCGCGGCAAGGAGUCGAGAGAAUAGAAUGUUCCCUUCCUCCAAGAAGCAGGCCAGCACCGGUGCCGCGAACCCAAAUGAUCGGCCUAUGUGCGGGCAAGGCGGCGACUCCGGCGGUCUCGUCCUCACCACCGACCCCAAGCCCCGCCUCCGGUGGACACCCGAGCUCCAUGACCGCUUCGUCGAUGCCGUCGCCCAGCUCGGAGGCCCGGACAAGGCAACGCCCAAGACCAUCAUGAGGGUUAUGGGAGUCAAGGGCCUCACCCUCUACCACCUCAAGAGUCACCUUCAGAAAUUCAGGCUAGGGAAGCAGCACAAGGAGUUGGGUGACCAUACAGCAAUGGAGAUGCAACGUAGCGUGGCCUCUUCUUCAGGCAUGAUAGCAAGAAGCAUGAACGACCGCAGCGUGAAUGUGAACGAGGCCUUAAGGAUCCAAAUGGAAGUCCAAAGAAGGCUCCAUGGAGAACUAGAGGUGCAGAAGCACCUCCAGAUGAGGGUUGAAGCCCAGGGGAAGUACAUGCAGUCCAUCGUGGAGAAAGCAUACCAAGCCCUCGGGUCCAGCGACUGCGCCACGUGGCCCGCUGGGUACAGAACUCUAGGCAGCCAAGGGGUCCUUGACAUCGGCACCAGCUCCACGAGCUUCUCGUCCGUCCAGGACCUGCAGUGCUUCUAUGGAGGAAGCAGCCACAUGGACCAGCUCCUGCAUCAGAUGGAGAGGCCAAUGGAUGGCUUCCUGACGUUGGGCGAGAGCUGCUUCAUUGGCUCAGCAGACAACAAAAAGGACCUUAAUAACCAUUGCAGCUCCAGUGGCAAGAGCUCGAUGAUGUGGGCCAGCGAAGAGCAGCAGGCAAAGAGCGGCAACGAUCAGCUUCAGAUGGGGUCGUCGACAAGGAUGGAGGGUGCAGGCAUUGAUGUCAUGGAUCCAGUCACCGGGCUGUACGAGGGCGCCGUGUCGGGAGACUCCAUGGACAGCAAGGGUUUUGAGGGUUCGAACUCCAGGCUCGAGAUGAAGCCGCCUGCACAACAAGCACCUGUAGGAAGUCAGAGGAUACGCAUAUAGUCGUCCAAUAUAUAAUGGUUUGGAACUCACGUAAAGAACUGUAUACUACAAUAUAUAUGGAUAAGCAAGGUCAAGCUAAGGUAUUUAAAUGCAAGUGUCAGUUUUGUUGUGAACCAUCAAAGUUCAGACGAUUAGCAUGUGAUCGGAGUUGUAGUACAUGCAGUCAUUAGUUUUAAUUGUUGGAUACAAGAUAUUAUGGAGAUCAAUUCUCCAUAUAUAUGUUUGUUUAUUUUGUCCCUAAGAUUCGCCAUAUAUAUGCUGUAUUAUAUUGGAUUUGUGUGACACCGUUGUAACAUUGAUCAGAGAUCUUUUGUGGGUGCA